AUGGAUUCUUUGUCCAUGUGUGAGCUUAGACUCUCUUCAAUGAGUGGGCACAGUCUGCACUCUGCAUAUCGGGGUCCAAGUUUGAUUAAGGAGAUUUGCUAUGGGAUAGGUCUUAGCCUCGUGGCUGGUUUCCUUUGGAAAAUGCAUCAUUGGAAACUCCAGAGGAGGACCAAGGAAUUCUAUGAUAUGCUUAAGAAAGGUGAAAUUAGUGUCGUGGUGGAAGAUGAGUAG